ACCGGAAGUUCCGUGACGCAUUUCCUGACCGGGAAGCUGCGUGUGACGGGAGCGGCGAGGGGAGCAGAGUAUGGGGCCCGGUGAGCCGUGGCUCUGACACACCGCCAGAUAUGGAGGGCAAGCCUGGCCUGCAGACCGUGUACCAGGCCGUGCAGGCGCUCUACCACGACCCGGAGCCGAGCGGCAAGGAGCGGGCGUCGUUAUGGCUGGGAGAGCUGCAGAGAUCCGUAUAUGCUUGGGAGAUCUCGGACCAGCUGCUGCAGAUCCGGCAGGAUGUUGAGUCCUGCUACUUUGCAGCACAGACUAUGAAGAUGAAGAUUCAGACCUCGUUUUAUGAGCUCCCCGCUGACUCGCAUGCCUCCCUGCGAGAUUCCCUGUUGUCACAUAUCCAGAACUUGAAAGACCUUUCUCCUGUCAUUGUCACUCAGUUGGCUUUAGCAAUAGCAGAUCUUGCUCUACAAAUGGCUUCCUGGAAAGGCUGUGUGCAGACGCUAGUAGAAACGUAUAGUAAUGACAUCUCUUCACUUCCCUUCCUCCUGGAGAUCCUCACUGUCCUGCCGGAGGAGGUCCACAGUCGAUCACUACGUAUUGGAGCCAACCGGCGCGCUGAAAUCAUAGAGGACCUGGCUUUUUACUCCAGCACUGUGGUGUCUCUUCUUAUGAACUGCGUGGAGAAGGCUGGUGAUGAUCAGAAGAUGCUAAUUAAGUCUUUCAAAUGCUUGGGCAGUUGGUUUAACCUUGGAGUCCUGGAUAGCAACUUCAUGGCCAACAAUCGCCUCCUGCUGCUCCUUUUCCAGGUUCUGCAACAGGACCAGACGCCAUCCAACCUGCAUGAAGCUGCAUCUGAUUGCGUCUGCUCCGCUCUCUAUGCCAUUGAGAACAUAGAUUCCAAUCUGCACCUGGGGACACAACUUUUCCAGGGAGUGCUGACCCUUGAGACUGCGUAUCACAUGGCUGUGGCCCGGGAGGACUUAGACAAGGUGCUGAAUUACUGUCGCAUCUUCACGGAGCUGUGUGAGACUUUUCUUGAGAAGAUUGUGUCCACUCCGGGUCGUGACCUAGGAGACCUGCGCACCCUGGAGCUGCUUCUAAUUUGUGCUGGGCAUCCCCAAUAUGAAGUAGUAGAAAUCUCCUUUAACUUCUGGUACCGACUGGGAGAGCAUCUUUAUAAAACUAGCGAAAAUGUACUUCAUGGGAUCUUUAAACCGUACAUCCAGAGGCUUCUCCAUGCCUUAGCCCGUCACUGCCAGCUUGAUCCAGAUCAUGAUGGUGUUCCAGAGGACACUGAUGACUUUGGGGAGUUCCGGAUGAGAGUAUCUGACCUGGUGAAGGACCUAAUCUUCCUGGUGGGCUCCAUGGAGUGUUUCUCCCAGGUAAGCAUGCUGUACUCCACACUAAAGGAAGGGAAUCCUCCUUGGGAAGUGACAGAAGCUGUUUUGUUCAUUAUGGCCUCGAUUGCGAAGAGUGUUGAUCCUGAGAACAACCCGACCCUUGUGGAGGUGCUGGAAGGUGUUGUGAGGCUGCCAGAGUCAGUGCACAUCGCUGUGCGGUACACCAGUAUAGAGCUGGUUGGUGAGAUGAGUGAAGUAGUGGACAGAAACCCACAGUUCCUUGCUAUGUGUCUGCCUCCAGAUCCUGUACUGGCAUAUUUGAUGAAGGGCCUGUGUCAGCCUUCUCUGGCUUCACCAUCUGCCAAAGCUAUCCAGAACAUCUGCUCUGUGUGUCGGGAUCACAUGGCACAUCACUUUCGUGGGCUGCUGGACAUUGCCAGAUCACUGGACUCCUUCACCCUCCCACCAGAGGCUGCUGUGGGACUCCUGAAAGGCACUGCGCUGGUGCUGGCCCGCCUCCCCCUGGAGAAGAUUUCCGAGUGCCUGAGUGAGCUGUGUUCUGUCCAGGUCAACGCUCUUAAGCAGCUUCUCUCCCAAGACAACAAUGGAAGAUCCAGUGACCCAACGCUGUUCUUGGAUCGAUUAGCUGUAAUCUUUAGGCAUACUGUACCUAGAGUUGAGAAUGGAGAAACACACCCGUGCCAAAAAGUCAUCCAGGAAAUUUGGCCUGUGAUAUCAGAGACUCUAAACAAACACCGCGCUGAUAAUCGAAUUGUUGAACGCUGUUGCCGCUGCCUGCGAUUUGCUGUAAGAUGUGUUGGGAAGGGGUCUGCUGCUCUCUUACAACCGCUAGUUACACAGAUGGUCGGUGUGUACCAAGUUCAUCAACAUUCGUGCUUCCUGUACCUGGGCAGUAUCCUGGUGGAUGAGUAUGGCAUGGAGGAGGGCUGUCAGCAAGGUCUGCUCGAUAUGCUGCAGGCACUCUGUGUACCCACCUUUCAGCUCUUGGAGCACCAGAGAGGAUUGCAGAAUCACCCAGACACUGUGGAUGACUUGUUCCGGUUGUUCACCAGGUUUGUACAGCGAUGUCCAAUUGUCUUGCUGCGCAGUCAGGUGCUGGUUCAUGUACUUCAGUGGGCGAUUGCUGCCACCCUAUUAGACCAUCGGGAUGCCAACUGUAGCGUUAUGAAGUUCCUACGUGACCUUGUACACACCGGAGUGUCCAAUGAUCAUGAAGAAAACUUUGAGGUACGCAAAGACCUGAUCACUCAAGUACUGAACCAGUUUGGGCAACAACUUAUCAGCCAACUUGUUCACGCGUGCUGCUUCUGUCUCCCGCCGUACACCCUGCCUGAUGUAGCCGAGGUCAUCUGGGAGGUCAUGGCAUUUGAUAGGCCGACAUUUUGUCGGUGGCUGGAGGCAUCGUUGAAGAGUUUACCAAAGGAGACAUCAGGGGGAGCAGUAACAGUAACACACAAACAGCUCACAGACUUCCACAAACAAGUCACAAGUGCUGAGGAAUGUAAACAGGUGUGCUGGGCUUUUAGAGACUUCACCAGGUUAUUCCGAUAGCUGCGCUCCUACAACCCGCCUGUCCUCUUUGUUAGGACAGGGCAGUGGAGCCCACUCAGACGGCAUCUCCCGAGCAGAGAACCAUUGUGGAACGGCUUCUAUACUCCCUAGUGUGUGUGUGAUGCCAAAGGGGAACGCAGAGCAAAAGUGAACCAGAAAAGAAUGUCAGGCGAGCUUUGACAAAGGCGUCCCUGUGGAACUUGUGAUGAUGAAGCUUAACGGAAUAAAAGUUUCCGAUUAACCCCUUCAUUUAUGGGCAGAGGCGAGUGUUCCCUACUGAGCUGUGGAGAAAAUGCAACGGUCAGAAAUAGUGGAAACUGUCCACCCUCUUCCACGGCAAUAAGGCACUCCACGAGCAGGCAGAAUCGGCUGCACGCUGGCAUCUGACUCCCCCGCAGUGCCACAUUGUCCGAGAUCUCUGGUGUUGAAGGGGUUCUCAAGGCAAUGAGUGCCCCAGGCACCACAUUUGCAUUUUGGGAUGGGUGGGGUUAAAAAAAAAAAAAGGAUGUGGGGGACAAAAGGGUUUAGAGCUUUCCUUGAUGGACUCAUUUUAAAAUAAAAUAAAAUAAAAAAUACAUUAAAAUGUAAAGAAAAAAAAGUAAUAAAAGAAAAAUGCAAAAAAAAAAAAAAAGAUAACAGCCGUUCAAUACAAUCCCUGGUCGGCAGAGUUUCAAUUUGCGAGGCAGCAAACGGAAAAAUAUAAAAAACGAAUCUAAACUUUCUGUGAAAUGUAACAAAGAAAUCGUGGAAAAUAAAACAAAAAAUAAAA